GUUGAUUAGCACCAUCGGUGCUCUCUUCCUCUUUAUGCAGAGAGGAGGCAGCAGGCGAACUUCUCCUGCACCGGCUUCCCAGGGCUCUUGCGAUGGAGCAAUGCCAAGUGGAGGGGUGGGAAGGCAAAGCCUCCGCCAAGCUCCCCAGCACCAAGGCUGACGAAGCCUGGUCCCUCCUCUCCAGCUUCUGCAGCAUUCACCUGUGGUUCCCUUCGAUCGACUGCCGUAUGAUCGCGGGCGCCGAAGGGCAACCCGGCUGCGUCCGCUACUGCACCAGCCCUCCCGGCGACGACGGUAGCGAUGCGGCCUUCUGGGCGGCGGAGGAACUGCUGGCGUUCGACCCCGUCGGCCGGAGUUACAGCUACAAGGUGACGGAGAACAACAUGGGGUUCGGCCGCUACGUCGCGACGUUGAGAGCGGUGCCGCUGCCAGGCGACGAGCGCGGGUGCGAGCUGCAGUGGACGUUCGACUGCGACCCGUUGCCGGCGUGGACGAAGGAGGGCCUCGUUGCGUAUCUGCAGGUUAACCUGGACGGCAUCGCCAAGCGAGUGGAAGACGCCGUGCGAACUGCCGCUUCCGCUGCUCUCAGUAAUACUCAGGCCAGUGAAUGAGAUCAAGCUCUGAUAUGUGGUUUCCUGUUGCAUUAGAACAUCCUUUGCAUUCCCAGAAUAAAGUUCUAUGCCUGUAGCAUCCUCCCUUGUUACCGGAAUAUGAUUAAUGGAGGGAUCUUAGAGAGAGAUUUGGGGGCAAACAGAUCGAAUGUAAUCUUUCUAUAGAUGUUGCGAAAUGGGGAUUAGAUUCUCGAAACAAA